GUGGUGAUAUUCGUCAAAGCAGGGGAUGGGGGAAAUGGCGCAGUGCUACACCCCCCACGGCCGUGGAAGGCAGGGGAGACUCCUGGGCUGAAGGGAGGGAAGCUCAACGCGAGAGAGGCGGAGGAAAUGAGGAGGAAGCUUCGCAGGAAAGAGGCAGAGAAAUCCAAGGCAAUGAAGCGUGUAGGCACUUUCAAGAGGGACGCGGACGGGCUUGCGAUUGUACCCAUGGGGGGCCAUGGGGGAGACAUCGUGAUUCACGCCGACCCCUCUCUCUCCACGCUGCUGCCGCUGCACCGCAAGAAGCGGCACGUGGCGAGGAGCGGAGGGCAUGUGGACGCAAAGGGGGGGCUGGCGAGGAGAGGGCCUGAUGGGUUGCAGGGCACUGUGCUGCGGAUAGGCGUGCCUGUGGGCACUGUGGUGAAGCGCAAGCGGGGCGGCAAGUUCCUGGCGGAUUUGGCAAACCCGGGGGAUGAAGUGGUGGUGGCGAGGGGAGGAAGAGGAGGGAUCAGCGUGUAUGAGCUGCCUGCGUCCAACAAGGCCCACCUGCGCCCUGUGAAGGCACCCUUGGGAACCACAGUGAUGAGCGCACCAGAGGACAAGCAACUGACGUACGGGUUGCAAGGCGAGGAGGCAGCGUUGGAGCUGACGCUGCGAGUGGUGGCCGAUGUGGGGCUCGUGGGCUUCCCCAAUGCAGGGAAAUCGUCCCUGCUAGCAGCGGUAACCACAGCACGGCCGGAAAUAGCAGACUACCCCUUCACGACCCUCAUGCCGAACCUGGGCCGCAUGCCUGCCGAUCCUGCUGGUCCGGAUGGCGGGUUCGGCGACGGGCCUACCCUGGCAGAUCUGCCAGGGCUGAUAGAAGGGGCGCAUGUGGGGAAGGGCUUGGGUCGCAUGUUCCUGCGCCACCUGCGUCGCACGCGUGUGCUGCUGCAUGUGCUGGACGCAUCUGCGCCUGAUCCCAUUCACGACUAUGUGGUGUUGAGAGAGGAGCUAAGAAUGUAUAACCCAGAAUACACCAGUCGCCCUCACAUUCUCGUGCUCAACAAGAUAGACCUACCCGAGGUUCGUGAGCGCAUCCCGGACCUGACAAGUCAAAUCUCCCAGCUGACGGCAUCGAGUCAAGCAGAAGAAGCUGACGUCAGUGGACGGAUCGCCUCUCCAUCUUCUUCCCCUCCUCGAGGCUACACUGAGGAGGGCUCUUUGAGGAGGCUAGACGACGACUGGGAGGAAUCGAGGGAAUCAAGAGGAGCUGAUGGUGACAGUGAUGGCGAUGUGACCAUGUAUGCUGAUGAUGAUUCUGAUGGUGGUGAUGCGGAAGCAUCGGCAACUGAGCGGUUGGAGCCUCCCAUUGCCAUCGUGCACAUCAGCGCACGGGACGGGGAGGGCAUAGAGGAGCUGCUGGCAGUGGUGCAAGAGGCAGGGGGGUUGUUCGCCCCUCCCCUUCUCCCCCUCAUAUUCCUUGUGCUGGGACGGGGAGGGCAUAGAAAACUUGCUAACGGUGGUGCGAGAGGCAGUGGAGGCGGAGAGGAGGGGGGAGCUGCGGGGAGGGGAGGGGAGGUUGGGGGGGAGGGUGGGGGGGAGAGGAGGGAUGGCACGAAGGAGCAGCAGGGGGGCGCAGGGAGGGGUGGAGAGAGAGAAGGCACCUCAGUGGCAGCUGUGACUGUUUAG